AUGUAUGUACUCCACAAUUAUCGUUUGCUUCUUAUUGAGAGAUCAGGAGAUGGGACACGCAAAAAAAAAAAACCGGAUGGUCGAUAUUCAUGGGGUUAUUGUUGGAUUCGUGAAGGAGCCACCAUCCCUGCUGACCAACUCGGUGAUUAUUGUGUUGCUAAUGACCAGUACCCAUGUGCACCUGGCAAGAAGUAUUAUGGCCGAGGUCCUAUUCAACUUUCCUACAACUUCAACUACGGUCCGGCAGGGAAUGACUUAGGUUAUGAUCUACUAAAUAACCCAGACUUGGUGGAGAAUGAUCCAUACAUAUCUUUUGAGGCUGCUUAUUGGUUUUGGAUGACUCCACAACCACCAAAGCCUUCAUGUCAUGACGUCAUGAUUGGUAACUACACACCGUCAGCUGCAGACAUUACAGCUGGUCGGUACGGAGGUUUUGGGCUUUGCACCAACAUCAUCAACGGUGGCAUAGAAUGUGGUGGUGGCUACUCAAGCGAGCAGGAACAGGACCGUAUUGGGUACUACAAAAGAUAUUGUGAAAUAUUAGGUGUGGACACCGGUGACAACCUUAGCUGUGCAAACCAGCAUCCUUAUGGCUUGACCCUCAAGGAAAAGAGGAUCAAAAGAGGUGGUUCCUAUUCAGAUCAGUAACUUCGAAGCUACCUGUAGAUCAAGCGAGCUACAAAUUAAU